GCACGAAGACGUGCGCCGCAGUCCAACGAGACGGUCAGCCUUGAAAUCGGUCAUAUCCUGAAUGACACAGCAAUCGCCAUGCUGGAUUCCCUGGAUGAGGAGGCAAUGCCAGGCCACAUAACGGUCGAAGGACCUGCAUAAGAGCACAUGUAUGAGCAGAUAGUGACGGAGGUGAAGGAUAGUGGUCGAGGCAGUGAACUUGAAGCAGAACAACACGCACAUUUCAUGCACACCCCGGGCCUGGCCAAGCACGUGUGGUGCUCAAACAGCCUAGUGCAUAACUGCCAUUCAAGAACCCUACAAGUUCAGCAGUGUCGGCGGCAUUCGAAGAUCUCAAUAUUCAUCCAGGUGCCUGAGGUGCAAGAUACUGUAACAGGCACUGGCCGCGUCGUGGAGGACCCUCGCAAUGAAGUCAGUCAAGGUACCACCAUCCAGACCGAGAGCGGCGAGCAAUACCGCGGUGACGAAGCCGCCGACAUCGCCACUCAGAGGGCGAACGCGGCCAAGGAGCGCGCCCUUUCCGAAGCCCAGGCUCGAUGUGAGCAGAUUCAGCAGAAUGUCGACGAUGUUCACCCUGAUGUCAAGAAGAGUCGUUCUGUCGGCCGUGAAGGUUGUGAUAGAGUGCCAGAACCACAAGGAUUAUCAGGAGGCGAUGUGCUGGCUGCUCAACACCGGCGCGCGGAGUACGUCGGCCCCGGCCGCGUCGUCGCUGACCAUGGCAAGAACUCACAGCGGCAGGUUACAUCCGACGACAACCGCCAGGCGUGGUAUGAGCUACGCACACUCUUGGAGCGCUUUGCCAAUGGCGCGAGCCUCGACAUCAUCACCAACGCCACAGUGCGCGCGUUGUACGAAGACUCGCGCAAAGAUGAGGGCCUCCGCGAGUCCCGCGAUGGUCCAGCGAGAUCAAUGAGUUCGGUCGCCGGGUAUUGCCUCAUCGAGCCAGUUUACAUCCUCUAUGGCCAGGCCAACAACCGCGCGUACCAGGUCCACGACAACGGCCACCAGUUCUAG